AUGGCACUCAUAUGUUCAUCAAAUGGCUCCCAUUUUGGUAUGGAAUUAGUAUCAAUUUCAAUGAGGGAACCAACAUUUGGACAUGCCACCACACCCAGUUUGCACCUCAAAGCCCGACCCAAAACUGCCUCUCUUACCCUCAAAUCUUCUCACAUUUCUCAACCCAUUGCAGGUGGGUUCAAGAGUAUCGAUGAUUACGUCUCGAGAAAACCCGAGAUAACUCGUGAGAAUUUAAUGGUGGAAGAGUUUUUGAACGAUGGUUUGGUUUACCAAUGUCAUUUCUUGGUGAGAUCAUACGAAUCGGGACCUGAUAAUAAGAUGACAAUGUUUUUCGUCAUCAACCAGUUACAGGAGUCGAAACUAAAUCACUUCAUAAGCUGUGGAUUGGUCGAAAGGGGAUUGGGCAAGACGGGAUUUGGCACAACACAUGAAAUGACGAAAAGGGACCUCAUAUGGGUCGUGCAUAAAUUGCAAGUGGUGGUCGACCAAUUUCCUUCUUGGAACGACGUCGUUGAACUUCGUACGUGGAUAUGUAAACAUGGGAAGAAUAGCUAUCGUCGAAACUGGAUCGCUCGUGACAAGAAAAGUGGAAAAGUUUUGAUCCGUGCAAUCUGUUUCUAUGUUUUGAUGAACAAAAGAACAAGAAAAUUAUCCAAAUUUUGUGAAGAAUUAAAGGAGGAAAUGAAUCCAUUCUUCUUAGACAGCCAUCCAAUCCUUGAGGAAGAUAACAUCGUCUCCCAAAAACUACAUUUACAUCAACACGAUUGCACCCAUGCAUCUUUAGUUACGAGACUGAGCGAUCUUGAUAUGAAUCAGCACAUUAACAAUGCCAGUUAUAUCAACUUCGUACUCGAGGGUACUCCUCGAUCCGUGUUGGAGAAUUACCAGCUCUCGGGUAUAACAAUCAAGUACUUAAAAGAAUGUAGUGUGGAUCAGCAAUUGCAGUCGCUUUCUGUGCCCUUAGAAAACGACGUUGUGAAUGGUACUCCUUUCAUCAAAGAUAAAGACAUCAAACUCCACCACUCAAUUCUCUCCGAUGGGAUUGAACUUGUUCGAGCAAAAACAGUUUGGACACCAAAAUUCAAUUAA